CAACGCAAUUGAACCAUUUCUGGUUUAAUCUCUUCUCUUCCGAAGAAAUUCGCGUAAUCAUUUUAAUUUGGAUCUUUUCUAAUUUGUUUGUUCCGAUUUGCAUAGCUAUCAAGGAUAUACCUAGACCCUUAAGUUUUACAAAAACACCGUCAAUAUCUUUUCGUCUUCAAGCAACCUUAUUUCGGCAUAAUAAUACCAUUGAAUGAGCUUGCUGCCUCAAAAGUAGAAGCUUGAAACAUCAGAUAAUUUGAAGCCUACCAUAUCUAUUCGUCCUUUUCUAUGCAAGCUAUUAUUUAGAAUGAGUGUUCCUUUUCCAGACGUUGUGGCUCGAACUUUGCUUGAUUUAAAAGUCAAAGUCGUUUUCGGCAUUGUUGGAAUUCCCGUAAUUGAGGUCUGUGAGGCUAUCCAAAAAGCGGGAAUCCAGUUUAUUGGUUUUCGUAACGAACAGAGUGCUGCUUAUGCUGCUUCAGCCUACGGAUAUUUAACGAGAACGCCAGGAGUUUGUAUAGUUGUUGGCGGUCCUGGUGUCGUGCAUGCCAUGGCGGGAGUUUUUAAUGCUUCAGCAAAUCGUUGGCCUUUACUUCUCAUGGCUGGUUCUAGUGGUACUUCUCAACGAUAUCGGGGAGCCUUCCAAGAGUUAGACCAAGUUGCCUAUCUAAGUGCAAGCACAAAGUUAGCUUUGCGACCUCCCGCUCCGACGAUGAUUACAGCAUCGAUUCAUCGGGCAUACUGUGUUUCCAUAAACGGAACCCCAGGUCCUUGCUAUGUUGAUCUUCCAGCUGACUUUAUUCAAUCCUCUAUUCAAGAAUCUUCCUGGGAAGCUCUUCCUUGCAUUCCUCGUGCCUUGGAGUGUGGUCCUGAUCCAAACCAGGUCCAAAAAGCCGUGCUACUGUUGAAAAGCUCAAAGUCUCCUUUAAUUGUCAUUGGAAAAGGGGCUUCUUAUGCACAUGCCGAAGAAAAGCUCUUGGCCUUAAUAGAGCAAACAAAUGUACCUUUCUUACCGACUCCAAUGGGCAAAGGAUUAUUGCCGGAAAAUCAUCGGCUAAACUUUUCGUCUGCAAGGUCAACAGCUUUAAAAAAUGCAGAUCUUGUCUUAUUGGUCGGCGCUCGUUUAAAUUGGUUAUUACACUUUGGCUUCUCUCCCCGGUGGUCAAAAAAUGCUAAAUUUAUCCAAAUCGAUUCUACUGCUGAGGAAUUGGGAAAUAACGCUGGUGAUGUGUCUCUUGGGAUUUGGUCAGAUAUUAACUUAGCUUUAGAUCAACUAAUAAGCUCUUUACAAGCCUGGAACUACUGCUCUGAACAAUCAUUGUAUCUUGCUAUGCUUCAAAAACAUCGCAAACGAAAUGAGUCUAAAAAGUUGUGUUCAUCGAAAAAAGAUGGUCCUUUGCAUAUGGAAGAUGCUUUAACUGUCAUCAAUAACUCUAUUCAAUCUUUGGUAAACGAAACACAGAGAAACGUAACCUGGGUUUCUGAAGGAGCAAACACUUUGGACAAAGGUCGAAAAGUCCUGGAAGUAACUCAUCCUCGUGGUAGACUAGAUAGUGGAACAAUGGCUACCAUGGGCGUUGGUCUUGGUUAUUCCAUUGCAGCGUCAGUAGCGAAUCCUUGGGAUAAAAUUGUCGCGGUAGAAGGCGAUAGUGCUUUUGGUUUUAGUGCAAUGGAAUUAGAGACUGCCAUUCGAAGCAGAUUAGAUCUUUUGAUUAUUGUAAUUAACAACAACGGUGUAUAUCACGGUUUGGACGAUUCGACUUAUGAGAAAUUUAAAACUCACAAUCAACUUCCCACAACGGCUCUGUCUCCUGCAGUUCGAUAUGACCUAAUAUGUGAAGCGUGUGGUGGGAAAGGCUACUUUGCUACGAAUGUCAAUGACUUGAAAAAUGCUAUCCAAGAUUUUUGGAGACAAGGAACUACAUGCUUAAUUAAUGUUAUGGUAGAUCCUGAGAUGGACAAAAUAUUGAGUUUUGCAUGGAUGAAUGAUGAAAGGCUAAAUGCGAAAUUAUAGAAUGCUAUUUCUGAUUAGGAUACUAUUCUGAAUCGUUAAAGAAGGUGAAAAAGUAAAAUAAUAAUAGAGAGAUUAUGAUUCGUUUGGGCACUUAGCGAGCCUCAAGCUCAUUAUACGCCUGUUUAAUGUCAUGAAGUAACCAUUCCUUUGUAGAAUUUGAGGUUCUUUUGGUGGGUAUGGCACCAUGAAAUGAACUAUUAGUGGGAUUUGCCGGCAUAUUUAGUAUAUAAGAAAUUAUAUCGUAAACUUCAAUAUUACGGAAGGGGAUUAUUUGCUUCGACUUAAAGGGUUCAAAGGCAGGACCGAAUGCUGUAAAUAUAGCUCUCAUCAGAGGAGAAGUAUUAUCGUAACCAUGAACACCAUAUGGUUCAUAUUCAACAUCUGGAGAAUGGUCUAACGAAGAGACGAUUGACCAACCUGGAUUUGGUAUCAUCCAAACAGGAGCUAUUCUAUCAUUUUUUGAAUAAUGCAAUUUUUCAGGAAAUUCUUCUUUGGUUAAAGAUCGCCAAUACUCCGUCCCCGGAAGUGAUUCUGAGGUUGCAUUCCUCAGACUAUCAGCAAUAUACGUCUCGUCCGAUCCAGUUUCACCUCGGAAACCAGCCAAGGGCCAACCGUCUCGGAAUUCAAUUUUCGAUACAUUCAGUAGAUCAUCCAACCAAAGCAAACGAUUGUUUGACGUAGGAGCCAUACCGUGAUCGCUUACAAAUAUAACGUUUACAAUGUCUUGCAAGUUUCUCUGCCUGAUACCUUCAAGCAACCUACCAAUCAUCUGGUCAACUUCUCUCAGCAUCAAAUCAAGUUGUGAUGAAUCAGGACCAAAGGUAUGGCCAACCGAAUCAACGUGAGGCACAUAACACAUAAGUAAUUGAGGUCGAGUAUCGUCUGCAUGAUCAAGCCAAUGAAGUAGUUCAUCCUUUUUUUCUUUAAGGGUUACACUAGCAUUGAAGGAUGUGUAAUACGAGGGCCGUAUUCCAUCAUGAGCAACUUCAUUCCCCGGCCACAUAUGGAUAGCUGAACGAAUUGAAUGACGUUCAGCAUUGAUCCAAAUUGGUUCUGCCUGCGUCCACCAAGAUGGAUCUUGAUUGCAUUCUGGACGAGUAUUUACAAAAUAUUUUCCACUAAUAGGGUCGUAAAAGUUGUUACUCACCAUUCCAUGAUUUUCCGGGUAAACUCCAGUCGCAAGAGAGUAGUGAUUAGGGAACGUUAUACUAGGAAAAACUGGAACCAUGAAUGGUGCAUGAGCAUUCUUUUCAGCCAACUGCAACAAAUUGGGUGUGUGGCCUCGAUACAUAUAGUCUGCUCGAAAACCAUCCAAAGAAAUCAUGAUUACAGUAGGAAGGAAUGUGUUUGUUCCAUUGCUGAGGCGAAUUCCUUUAUUUGGAUACAAAAGAUUAUCUGAUUUAGAAGAAACGGCCGCUCUAUAAACACCAAUUGCAACAAUGAAGAACACUGCAACAGCUAGCAUAUAGCGCUUCAGAAUCAAUGACCGAGAUGAUGGUUCUUUAAGAUAUUCUACGUUGUUUACUUCAUUUCGUUUUCGUAAAUUGAACAAGCCGCCAGGCAUUUUCGAAAUCGACUUCUCCAGAUGUUUGGCGCUUAGUAGACAAAUCUUUUGGUGAUUGUUUAUUGUUGUUUACUUUAGCGCAUCUUUGCGUAUUUCGUCAAUCUUGAG